CGUGUUGUGUGUAUGGCAGAGUGUGACUAGAACUAAAUCAAACUACAUUUCCAUUUUUUACAAAAAGCUUUAUAUAACUGCAAAGUUUGCUGAAAGAAACUGAGAUAAUCAUAAUGGCCGGAAAAUCAGGAACACAAGAUUGGUUUUACCACGCCCCAAAGAAGAGAGCCCAGAAUGCCCCUCCCAAGGACUACCCCGCCCCAUCUCAGAUCCCUAUGCUGAACAAUGCCUUGCUUGAGGAGGACACCCGAGAUGACAGCGGAAUGAUGAGAGGAUGGAUUCGAGAGACCGACUCCAAGUACGUCAAGCUGGCCAAGAUGCGCGGUCGUAAAGAUUUGUUGCAAAUUCGUGAGAGACCACCACCCAGUGACGAGGCCAAGCCGUACCCUCGUGUGGAUUGGUUUGAUCAGAACCCGGAGGAUGUCCAACAAGAACAAAGCGUUCCCAGGAAAGUCUACCUCCCAGAUUACAUGGUGCAUGAGGAAUACAAGCCAGAUUCCCACGUUGACGACCAGGAAGGAGUUCGCCCCCCACCCAGGAGGCCACCGUUUUCACUCCAAGACAAGCUGUCUGUUUUCCAGAGGGAGGGUGAUUCAGUAUCAGACAAGAUGCAUGUGAGGCUGCCGGAGAUCACCCCAACUGGCAAAAAAAUAGCCAAAAAGAGCAAAGGGAAGAAAGAGGAGAAUAAAGUGAAAAGUCAGCCCAGAGCUACCAAAAACCCUAACUGGGACAACAAAGAGCGCCCUGCCAUGGGAAAACUUCUCAACUUCGGCUACCAGCAUGAGUGGUAUGAGCAACGAGAGAAAUACAACGACCAACAGAAGAAGGCACAGACUCAACAGCCCACAUGGGGGAACACGGGAGACCAGGGAAGCCGGCUAACAACAGAGUACCGUGAUGAGAUUAACACAGUGACAAAAGGACACCACCAGACGAAGGACUCCUCAGGUCCAAGGAAAGUUCAGACGACGAAGAAAAUGGAAGCUGCAAAGAAGGCAAGGGAGCCAGCGGAAGAGAAGGACCUCUUCAAGUUGAGCAAGUUUGACAAAGUUGGUCCAAGGAUAAGCAGCCAUUGGUCGGAAGGUCCACGGUUAUCCGACCAACAAAAGCUUGACACCUAUACACAACAAUUGGAUGAGAUGACACGUGCAUAGGUCAAAGGUCACACACCAUUGGACAACUCUAGGCUGUAAAAAUGUAUUAUAAUCGUCUCAAUACCUUGCCAAAGAAUAUUAGUUUUUAAAGAUGAUUGUUUUAUUAAUUGAGUAUAUAGCUCCACUGAAAGGUUACAAAGAGUAUGUUUUUGUUUUAAAAAUCUACACUACUCUCUAUCCCAACCAAGAAUUAUUAAGAGCACUUCUUACUAAUUGCGUUACUUUUGCUAAAAAUACCCAGAUAUCAGACAAACAUCCCCAAAACCAAACCCUCAUGCGAUCACCUUAUGGCAUGCCAUAACAUAGUACAGUCAGUGUAUUAAUAAACAUAAAACGUGGACAUAUGAUUAUAGCACAUGUACGGUAGUAAAGUUUUACACAUGUUUAUGAGAUUCGGGUGAGCUUCUAUUUUUAGCAUAAGGUCUUGUAUUAUAUAUCUUUUUUUAUUUUCUUCACUUUAGUUUUAACCCAAACAAAGUUGGCCAGUAUAAAUAAUGUGUUGUUUAUACAUGUAGAUGGUUUUAUCAUCUCUAUGGUCAACAAUCAUUUGAAAACCACAGAUCAAGAGGUUAUUGUGGACUUUGACAACGUUUGUCCUUCAUUUUCACAUAAUGCAGAGUUGAUAGUCCAUAUAGAUACAGCAUCCCAUUAAACUUUGUGUAUUUGCAAUGCUCUUUAAAAAUGGCCAGAUGAAGAUAUGGAAGUUUUAAAUGCAUAAACAUUCCAUACCACGAGCCAUCUGGUUUCCUUGAGUUUAUGUCUGCACAGCCACAAUCAUUUGCAAAACAGGGCCCAAUCUCAUAUAAUAAUAACAUA